CCUAAAAACUACACGAUAGACGAUUCUCAAUGGUCAACCCCUGCUCUGUCCUUGUCAACAGGAUGGAACAUGCUUAGGAAUGGGGGUGCAAACGAAUAUAUCAACGCUACGCAAGUAGCUGUCAUGCAACCUUUGUUGGGAAAUUUCUGGAAUCAAAGUGUUUCGUGGACUACGACGCAGGGAAGUGAAGUGACGAUGGAUUUUGUUGGAACCGACUUUUACGCUUAUGGUCCUACCGGUCCUUCUUACGGCAGAUUCUCAGUUUCACUCGAUAAUAUUACUCUUGGAACUUACACAUCU